UACGUUAUUGUUAAUAAAAAAUGAAAGCUUGGAAAGAAUCUGCUAGUUUAAUAUUAGCAGCUCGUCAAAAAUGUAUACGUCCAUCUGCUACAAACUUUCAGUAUAACUACAAUCUGUUAUGCAUGAAACGUCAUGCAAAAUCGAAAUUCAUGCCUAGUACGUAUGUAUUUCCCGGAGGAGUAAUAGAACCAUCUGAUGCUGAUUUGAAAUGGGACAAACUUUUUUCCACCUUUGGUUUCGAUGCUAAUAGUUUCAAAACUUUAAGUCCAAAUACUUCUGUUCGUCCUCAAAUUUUCAAAUCGGGGCCCAAUGAAUUACCAAGAGAAAUUUCAUUGCGUAUUACUGCAAUUCGUGAGACCUUCGAAGAAUGUGGCAUACUAAUUUGCAAACAAUCAAGGGACGAUUCUAUGCAAUUUGGUUGGGCAGGUCGCAUAGAAAUCUCCGAAAACGAAUUACAAAGUUGGCAAACGAGGGUACACAAUGAUGCCAGAGAAUUCUAUACACUGUGUGAAAAUUUUAAAUGUUAUCCAGAUUUAUGGUCUCUUUAUGAGUGGAGCAAUUGGUUAACACCAACUUAUUUUGUUGGAAGACGUUUUAACGCUGUUUUCUAUUUUGCUUGUGUACCAGUUGUACCUCAGACCAUCUGUGAGGUUACAGAGAUGGAAGAUAUAAAAUGGGAUAUGCCAGGGAAUUUAUUAUUUUCGGCUUCAAAAAUUGCACUACCACCUCCACAGCAAUAUGAAAUAGCAAGAAUAGCAAAGUUUGAAAGUAUAGACAAUUUACUAGAUUUUGCGAUCGAACGUAGCAAAAUAGGAGUGCUGUUGAAUUUACCUGUGAAGGUAGAAUUACAAGAUGGAAAGGUACAUGUUUUACCAGGAGAUUCCAUGUACCCUACAGAAGUUGAUUUAGUUGAAGAACAAAUUAUUGACAGAACUGAUAUUACUAUCCGAGAAUUUCGGGAUAUAUCUCCUGUUAAAAAUAGGAUGGAAUUUUCUAACCUCCAAGUGAAAGAACUUUAUGCUCAAAAUUUCGAUAGUUCCGAUGGUCAUUUAGCUCCCAUGCAAUUAAAAAAUGUUUUUAAUGCUUCGAUAUAUAAGCAUUCCAAACUUUAACAACAAUUCAACAAUUUAUUCAACAAUAUAUAAUACUUUCUUGUUUGUAAUUUUACGUCUCACAUUCUAAGUGUAAUCGAGUAGAUAC